GUUGUUUCCUCGAAAACGGCGUAGCGCGCCUUCCUUUUUUUCCUUUUCCUGGACAGCGUUCACGAAAGCUGCUCGGGCGAGGAAAGCGGGACAGCGUCGCGGAAUCUCCGACACCGGCACCUUUCUUUUCUUGACAUUCGUCAAGCUACUGUUCCCUGUGCUGCGCGUGAAGGCAACGGAGCAUCGCUUGUAUUUAUGCCUCUGGCGUCCGCCGACGCGCUUCUCGUUCGCUGCCUCUUCUACGUGCUCUCUCUCAUACAUAUCCUUUGAUAGUAACCUUUGGGGAGGGGUUUGUUUACCCGUCACACCUCUGUGUCUGUUGUGCAUCGGUUUCCCCGGUUGCUUCUUAACACACUUAUAUAUCUUUCUUUGGUACAUUCGAUUGCUCAUAUAUAAUCUUCUUUUUCUCCCCUCUCAUUUUUGUUCAUGGGCGGUGGCCUCCUCCGUAUCCUCCGCAAGUAUUCCUCCUCCUCCUCCACGUGAAGGGAGAAAAAUGGAUCCCUACCGCUAUCCCUCCGCCAUUCCAGCCACACCGAAGGGACGGCGGCAGCAGCAUCCACAUUUCGACCGUGACAACUCCAGUUCCAGCUCCAGCCUCGACAACCACCUCGAUGACGGCCAGCUCUACUCCCCGGCCGAGGUGCGGUCCAUCGACCCGGUCCACUUCGACGCGGCAGACGCAGCACGGCUGCAGCCCGCCUACGCCCCGCACAGCGGCCCCAGCGUGCGUGGGGGCACGCGUCGAGGGCGGCGGACGGAGGUCAGCAUCGUGAGCGACCCACCGUCCGUCCCGGCCUCUCCGCUCGGGCAGGCGCAAGAGUCCGUGCGGCAGUUCAGCAGCACGUCCCCGCUGCCGAGGGGCGCGGCGGCCCCUGGCUCGCCCGCGGUGUCCGUCGCCGAGCUCAUCACGCGCUACACGUCGAAGUACCACGGCGGGGUGGAGGCGUCGCUUCAUUACGUGCUGGCCGUCAUGAACCCCGCCUCAGGGGAGACGGGUAUCUCGCAGGUGGUCCUGGCGGGGCUGCGCGAUGAGCUGGGUGUGAAGCGGGUAAUGACGCUGACGGGGGAGCUCUUCGCAGACCCAGCCCCCAUCCGUUUGCUCAUUAAGGAGCAGGCGGUCAUCUACCACCCACCCGGCCAGCCCGGGCGACAGCAGCGCGGCACCGUCGUCGUGUGCGGUGGCGACGGCACGGUGUCCUUUCUCAUGACCCAGAUGGACCUCGUGCAGCGCGAGCUGGAGGCGGAGUUUCACCCCUUCUUAACCGACGCGGAGCGGGCGCAGGUGCGCAACUACCGAGAUCGAUUCUCUUCCGGACACUGCUUACCUGACAUGACGAGCGAGGCUGCGCAUCCGUACUUUAUUAUCCCGGCCCUCGCCCCGCUGCCGCUGGGCACCGGCAACGACUACAGCAACUGCGUCGGCUUCGGCAGCGGCUUCUCGACGAGCGGGAGCAGCUGCUGCGCGGGUUUGUGGGCGCUGUGCGGCUGCGGCGACAGCGGGGAAUCGCAGGUGGCUGCCGCGUUGAUGUCUGCCGUGUCCGCCCCCUGCGUCACCUUCGAUCGCUGGGAGGUCUCGCUCGUGCCGCUGCAGCUGGCGCAGAGGGUGCCGCGGGCGGAGCGGCAGGCAUCGCCGCGCGCCUCCGUCAACUCACUGGGGAGUGCGACUGGGGCCGCCAGAAACGGCAACGAGCCUCCGUGGGAGGGCAGCGGCACGUCCUUGGCCACCGCGUCACCGCCGGCGAGCUCGGACGUCCCGGGGUCGUUGUCUUCUUCCCUCGCGGUGUCCGGCAACGAGCGCAGAGGCACAGACCAGUGGAACCGGGUGGUGCGGUCGGCGAACGUGGCCAACGCCGUGAACCUGGUGGAUUGGGAGAAGCUGCACGCCACGACGCAGGUCAGCACCUACGGCCUCCUCAACUACUUCAGCAUCGGCUACGACGCGUACGUGGCUACCAGGUUCGACGCCACCCGCCGCGCCCACCCGGCCGUGUGCAGCACCCGCACGCAGAACAAAGCCGUGUACGUCUCUCUCGGCAUCGGUGGGGCGAUGCGGUGUAAGAAGCUGCGAAAGCUGAUCCCGAUGAUCUGCGUGCCACGACCCGGACCAGCAUGCAUGUCCAACGCAGCAGCAGCAGCAGCAGCAACCCCGCCAUCACCAGCGCUGGGACACGCCACCGUCUCCUCCGCGGUAGGCAACGGCGACGACGGCGCCGUCGGGCAUCGAGACUUCAUCGCCCUCCAGCUCCCCUCCAUGACCAAGUCCCUCGUCGUGUCCAACGUGAGCUGCUACGGCGCCGGCACCCACCCGUGGCAGGCGCAGGGCGGAGAGCUGUACUACCGCCCCGUCACGCUCCGCAACGGCGAUCUGGUGCCGGCGCCUGUCAUCACCGCACCGAACCGGGAGGAGGUGCCGCUGCCCACACCGGUGCCACGGCCGGUCACCAUCAACGACCGCGCGUUUGAGGUGCAGUCGAUGGGGGGCCUGCUCCAUUACAGCUCCCUCGGCGUCGGGCUGACGGGGGCGGUUAAGCUGAUACAGACCGACGAGCUGUUCGCCUUUGUGCUGUGUACGCCGGAGGACCUGCAAUUCCCCAGCGGUCAGUGCUCCGCCUACACGCAGAUCCACCUGAAGGACAAGUACGUGUCGCGCAUCGAGACGGACGCCAGCGUGCGGGCGAGUUUGUGUGUCCAGGUUGAUGGAGAGGCGAUGCCCAGCAUUAUGGAGCCCACCAUCGUGCACGUGCGCAGCCAGCAGGAGUCCCGCAUCCUCAUUCGCUGUCGCAACGCAACUGUGGUGCAGUAG